AUCUUCCAGUUGGUGCUUUGACCGCAUUAAGAACAACGGGUGGCGCACAGUCGCCCGUCAUUCAGAAGCUGACUCCUCUCAAACCAACACAGGGGGGGAUAUAAAGCAUUACUGCGGAAUACCCAGGAUUUGACCUGUUGCCAGAGCGUUAAAAGAAAGGAAGAUUAGGCAACUUGCAAAAAACAAGACCUCUUCUCUGUUAUGUCUGUCUCCUCUUUACCGGAAUGGAAACAACUCCUGCUGGAGCGAAAGAGGAGGGAGGAGGAGGAGCGAGAGAAGAGAGAAAAAGAGGAGGAGGACAAACUCGCCAGCAUGCCUGCCUGGAAGCGAGGGAUCAUCCAGAGGAGGAGAAUGAAACAGAGUUUCGGGGACAAGGAGAGGGAGGGCCCCCUCCAAGUCAAGGAGGGCAGGUCCCCCUCUGACCCUGCGAGUGACCUGGACAGCUCUACACUAGUGCAGCUGGGAAGUGAACCACCACUCAGCCCAGACAUCACAGGGCCUUGGCUGGAUGAAGAGGCUAAACCGCAGAGUCUUGUGUUAUUGGAGACCAUCAUCCCUGUCGGACAAAACUCAUUCAUUCGCACACAUGGCGGAUGGAGGAGGGGAAGAGAAGCAGAGAGGGCUGGGGAGAUGGGCCACGAGAAAGGGAAUGAGCAGGAAAUAGAAGUAGGGAGAGAGAGGCAAAAGGAGAAAGAAAGAGGCCACGUCAAAGGUCAUGAUGGAGAGUCUGGGAAGGGAAGAGAUAUAGAAAUACAAAUAGAGCGAUACGGGGACAGGAGUGGGGGCAGAGAAAGGGACAGGAGUGGGGGCAGAGAAAGGGACAGGAGUGGGGGCAGAGAAAGGGACAGGAGUAGAGGUAGAGAAAGGGACAGGAGUGCCGGGAGAGAGACGAGCCGGGAUACUGUGAGAGACAGGGAAAGGGAUUGCCCGAGAGGGAGAAAAGAGGAGGAGAGGGAGGAGGGAGACUCAAAUUCUCCAAACCCCAAGUACUCCUAUCCACUAGUCCCAGGCCUUCGUACCAUCAGAGCAGACAACAUCAUCAUUAUUGAACAGGACAGAAAGGGAAGUGAUGAAAGGAGGGGUAGAAGGAGAGAGUCAGAGAGGGAGAGGGAGGUGAAGGAAGAGGAGCAGGAAAAUAGAGAUGUAAAGAUGGACCUCAAGGAGUUUCUGGCUGGUGGAGGGAGUGUCACAGAGAUCCGGGCAUCAGAAAUAUUGAUCAUUAAACCCUUAGCUGGCAAUGAGGACUCAAGAAGUGGAGGUCUCAAAGGGACAGGCAGGGAAGGAGACGGAGAAAGAGGGAGAGAUGCAAAGUGCAAUAAAGAUGGAGGGAAGGACUGUGAGAGGCAGCUGGAGAGAGAGGUGGCAUGGCUGAUGAUGAAAGAUAAAGAGAGGGAAAACUUGAGGGAGAAAGACCGACCACGGACACAAGUAGCUUCUUCAGAAAAAGAGGAUUGGAGAUAUGGUGACACAGAUGACAGUAUCCACAACGAGAGAGGAGUUAGGGUGAGUGAGCUGCUGAGUAAAUUUGGGGAGCACACAAAGAAAUUCAGAGAACAUCCAAAACCCCCAUCCCGGUCUAAAAGCUCAGAGUGUUUCAUCCGGCCUGGCAGGGGCAGAGAACCGUUUUGUCUGGAUGAUGGAGACAGGAGAGGGGAGGAGGAACAUGCAGGAUUCAGGGGUGUUCCCAAGCGGUCAUUCAGCUUCUCUGACCGCGUGAUAUGUACAAAGGAGAAUGGCAUGCAGGACGAGGGGAACCAUGAUAGGAAGGUGGUGGAGAGGACAUGUUCAGACAGGAGGGUGGCAGCAAAGGGAGAUGUAGUGGAGGGGGAAUGGUCAGAGAGGGGAGGCAAGCAGGGGUGCUGGACCUGGCUUUCAGAUAAAGUGCCUGUGGGGAAGCAUAGAGAGGGAUGCAUAAAAGCAGACAGGGCGGUAGGGGGACAGCACGAGAGACGGCCUGCUUUGGAAAGUAACGCCGGAAAAGAGAUUGACCGUUGGGUCGAGAGAGUAACAGGAGUGGAGUUAGAUUUUAGCAACAAGGGGAUAGAGGAACUCACAGAGAAUAUGUAUGGGGAGGUAGGGUUUACAAUGGCCUCAGUUAGAAACACAGAGGCCUCGUUUGCGCGAAGAGUGCCCAUCAGACAGGAUGGUCGAGAGAGAGCAGUGGAAAGAGAGGUAGAGCAAACAAGAGAAGAAAGCGAGAGAGGGUUGGACAAGGCAAGGAUCAAAGGGAGAGAGGGGGUGGGUGGAAGAGAGGCGGAACCUCAAGUGCGGGAGAGAAGGGAGUCAUACUUUAGGAGAGGAUCAGAGGUAAGGGACAUGAAGAGGGUAUCAGAGGUAAGGGACAUGAAGAGUGUAUCAGAGGUAAGGGACAUGAAGAGGGUAUCAGAGGUAAGGGACUGCACAAUUUCAGUUGAAACAACUCAGCAAAACUGUGUGAUCACCCUCUCCAUAGACAGAGCCAGUCCUCCUCAGUCUGUCGAUAGUCAUUACAACCACGUGUCAGCGUUUACAGAGUGCUCAUCAACCUUGCUCAGUACUGUGGCACAUAAAGGAACAGAUUGGCAUAGUAGUCAAGGAGCACCGGGACACCAUUCAAUCCAGUCACCACUGUCACAGCACACAGAGGAUCUUAUCAACAAGAUAGAGAGAGUGGGGGGGACAGUGAAUGAACGUGACAAUCACAAAGGGACCCAAACAUUGAUGCAGGAUGGCAAAGGCGUGAUGAGGGAGGACACAGAGACUGAGAGAGGGAGCAAAGCUUAUACGGAGCCAGGUGAGGUAAGCAAGGACACUAUACAUUCACCUGGCGCACACGUGCACAGUCAUGUUUACCCCAAAAAGUCAGUUCAUGAAGUGACCCCUAAGUGUCCUAAGUCUCCAAAGUGCUUUGCCUCAGUUGGAACCCCUCCAAUGCCACUUGAGAUACACAUACCAAGGACCGUGUUCUAUGGUGUGGGGGAGGCAAGCUUCCAAAGCAAAUACGCCCAGAGCUGUGAAGGAGAGGGAGGAAAAGGUGUGGAGAGGAAGGACAGUUGGAGGAUCGGCAAGCCCUUGUCUCACAUCGAAUCCUUGCGAGAGAAAAUCCAACAGAGAGAGAAGGAGAGGCUGAGGAACAUGGAGGGAGUGGCAACGACGGGGGAUGAUGGAGAUGCGACUGGGGGGACAGAAAAGGCUGGGACUAGUAGGACUAGAAAAGCUUCAAGUUCAGACUGGUGUGAGGAAGGAGAGAUGGGGAACGAAAUAGAGCGAGAGAGACAGAGACAGGAAGGCUCCCCACCGCAGACAACAUCCACUCAGUUUGACGUCACACAGGAAGUGAGCGUGUCAAAAGCCGUCUCCCAGCUUCCUGUUCCUCUCUUGUUCUCGCAAGCUGUCAAAGGAGAGAAAGAAACCAGAGGGAUCUCCAUCGCAGCCUGUGAAGUAGCCUUGUUCAGCUCUCACACAACUGAGAGAGGGGAAGAUCCAACCAAACAUGUACUAGCAGAGUUACGGUGCGACAGGGGUCGGCAGAGGAAACAGAACACCGGAGGCAGAGGAGAAGAAGGAGAGGAUAAACUCUUGGAGGAAGAGUACAGGCUGCAUUAUCUGCCUCCUUCACACUCUCCCGCGCCCUUAGACUCUCUCUCCCCCUCUCUGCUUCACCCUCCCUCUCUUGCUGAAAUGAGCCGGAUCUAUAACUUGAAAACGGUGGGGUCCAGGGCGGCGGUGUGCAUGAGUGACAGGACCGUGGAUAGGCCUAUCCCAUCACACACUCCUAAGGUACAGUCCGACAUAUCCGCAGAACAACAGGAGCCAUGCAGUCCAGAGAGAUCAGUUGGGAGGCUGACACAGAAGCAGCUGUGGGGUGGUGGUGGUGCUCCUGGGAAUAAAGCCUCUUCCAGCGAUGAGAAGUCCGGACUUCAGACUGUACAGCGUCAGGUGGAACAGCUUCAGUUGCGAGAACAACAGGAAGUACAGAGACUAUCACAUGACGACAACGCAGCACAGUCGUCUUUUGGACAAAAUAUUAAUUUGAAAGAUAAAGAGUCUAAAGCUCAGCAAUGCCCUAGGAUAUCACACAACCAGCCUAAUAAGGAACCUCAGCAGAAGCAUCCGAGGCAAAAGGACCAGCAAACAAUCCUAAAUCCCAGAAAAUCUCAGUCCAAUCUGCAACUGCACUCUGAAAGGCCUCCUCAACCCAAGCAGGCCCAGUCCAACCAACCCAAACAGGUCCGAUCCAUUACCAUCAACUCCAGAUCUGUCCUGACCCCCUCUCCUGAGAACUCAUUACACCCAGACCAGGGAGUACCAACCACCCCAUCAGCUUCCCCAUCCCAGUCCCCCUCCGUCUCUCCCUCCCCUUCCCCUUCUCCGACCCAUUUCACCAUCAGAAGCCUCUCUGGAGGCCAGCAGGUCAAGAGGGGCACCACCAUCACCAUCACCCCCAGGAAGCCUGUUGGAGGGGCAGCCGUGGAAGCUGUUUCUGCAUCCUCUAGACCCCUGGCCAAUACGUCUGCCCAGUCCCAGAUGCCUGUCCUAACCGAGGAAGGAGAGAGAGGCAAGAAGAAGUACCCCACUGCGGAGGAGAUCGAAGUGAUCGGUGGUUAUCAGAACCUGGACAAGUCCUGCCUGGUCAAGACUUCCAAAGCAUCUCCCAAAGGGGUGAAGGUGUGCUUCGACGAGACCCAGCUGGAGCAGGUGUGUGAGUACCCAUCAGAGACCUCCAUGUUUGACUCCACCCACUACCCCUUACUUGGUCAGGUGAAAGGGAGGGAGGAGGAGGUGGAGGAAGAUGAGGAGGAGAGAGGAGUGCUUGUGUCCAGGAGCAGCAGGAAUGUGGGGGCAGCGGUUGGCCUGAGAGUGCUGAGAGUGGCAGUAGCCCAGGUGAGAGCCCUCCCGGUCAUCAGCGUGAUGAGGUAGGCUAUCUUGGAGCGAUCCGAGGGGAAGGAGGAGGGCUGAAGCUUGAAGACGAGGAUACAUUGAGCUAGGAACGCCCGACAGGUGCUCGGCUCUCCAUUGAAGCAUUCCGGAGGAGGUAAGUAGGGCUCUCAAGAAGGUGGAGUGAUCAAUGAGACGGCGCUGCUUGUACUUCGCGGCUGAGCCGUUGUUGCUCCUAGACAUUUCCACUUCACAAUAAAAGCAUUCACAGUUGACCAGGGCAGCUGUAGCAGGGCAGAAAUUUGAAGAACUGACUUGUUGGAAAACAUGACUGUACCAUGUUGAAAGUCACUGAGCGCUUCAGUAAGGCCAUUCUACUGCCAAUAUUUGUCUAUGGAGAUUGCAUGGCUGUGUGCUCGAUUGUAUACACCUGUCAGUAACGGGUGUUGCUAUAAUAGCCCGAAUCCACUCAUUUGAAGGUGUGUCCACAUACUUUUGUAUUUAUAGUGCAGCUGAAUACCUGUGCAAACCAUUGCAAAACAUUCUGCAACUUAACCAAGCGUUUCUUAUUGGACAAGUCCAGGUUAGUCCCUCUCAGUUUUCGCCCGUCUGCAUCCGUUUGGUUUCUAGUGAAUACACCCCUCAGUCAUGAAAUGUGGUUGUCCAGUCUGAAAUGUGGUUGUCCAGUCAUGAAAUGUGGUUGUCCAGUCUGAAAUGUGGUUGUCCAGUCUGAAAUGUGGUUGUCCAGUCUGAAUUGUGGUUGUCCAGUCUGAAAUGUGGUUGUCCAGUCUGAAAUGUGGUUGUCCAGUCUGAAAUGUGGUUGUCCAGUCUGAAAUGUGGUUGUCCAGUCUGAAUUGUGGUUGUCCAGUCUGAAAUGUGGUUGUCCAGUCUGAAAUGUGGUUGUCCAUUCGGAAUUGUGGUUGUCCAGUCUGAAUUGUGGUUGUCCAGUCUGAAAUGUGGUUGUCCAGUCUGAAAUGUGGUUGUCCAGUCUGAAAUGUGGUUGUCCAGUCAUGAAAUGUGGUUGUCCAGGCUGAAAUGUGGUUGUCCAGUCUGAAAUGUGGUUGUCCAGUCAUGAAAUGUGGUUCAGUCUGAAUGUGGUUGUCCAGUCUGAAAUGGUGUUGUCCAGUCAUGAAAUGUGUUUGUCCAGUCUGAAAUGUGUUUGUCCAGUCUGAAAUGUGUUUGUCCAGUCUGAAAUGUGGUUGUCCAGUCUGAAUUGUGUCUCAUAACUCCUCUUUAUCUCUCUAUUUUACAGAUGAGUCUUGCCAUCGGUAGACAUCAGUCGGCUCGCCAAAUUGCUCAAGUUAUGUGGUUAAGAUUAGAUUUUAUCUUGCAAUAUGACUUUUGUUUUCCUGUAUUUUGUUUCUUUGAAACUAUUCAUUUAAUGUUUGUAAUCUUUUUUGAUGUACAAUAUUUUAUUUUACAUAGGAUCAGGGACUAUUGGUUUUGAAUAAAAGAAAACAACAGUUUUAUGUAGUUUGUGAGAUGAAUGUGUAACGAUGUGCGCUGAGAGUCGGGAAGCAAAUUCAGGGAGUGAGUGUUUUAAUAAUUAAACGCCACAAACAACGCAUAGACAGGGAACUGAAACAGAAACAAUGACACCUGGAAAAGGAACCAAAGGGAGUGACAUAUAUAGGGAAGGUAAUCAGGGAAGUGAUGGAGUCCAGGUGUGUCUGAUGAUACGCAGGUGCGCGUAACGAUGGUGACACGUGUGCCCCAUAACGAGCAGCCUGGUGACCAAGAGGCUGGAGAGGUAGCACACGUGACAGAAUGGUGGAUGGAGCCUCAACUCCUCUAUUUCAGUGUAAAAGUGUAAAGACAAUAUGAAAACAUGGUACAUAUUGUAGCCUAUAAGUUUUACUAUAUACACUUGUUGUAUUUUUACUAUCAGGUGUGUACUUUUGGGUGAUGAUCACGUCUAUGCAAGUUAGUGGAUUACAAAUGUAUGGUAAAAAGGGUCCGGUCAGUUUAGUUUUAGUUAGCUUAGAUCAACAACACAACGUCUCUACUGUAUAUAAACUCUGCUUCAGCACUGUAACGAUUCCCUGUGCAUUCCAAAUGACACCCUAUUCCUGACAGGGCUCUGGACAAAAGUAGUGCACUAUAAAGGGAUUAGAAUGUCAUUUUGGACACAUCCUCAAUGAUGCUUACCGUAAUAUCAUCUGGUCCCUGUGCCUGCUGGAUUUGCUCAUACCGAUGACAUAAAGAACAGGUCAUCUACAAGUCCAAGGUGAAUUUUGAGCCUUGUGAACACCCCUCAUGUGUAGUUUAUGGUAAACCAUGGCUAUAUGUAACGUCAUGACAAUUCUCUUUUGUUCAAUUACUAUUUCUGUUUGAACCACAACAUGGAUAUCAGCUAGCCUUAAUGCACAUGAUUUAAAACACUGAUGAUACAUUAUGGAAUAAUCACCAAUACACAUUAUUAUAAUCUUUUUUUUUUUUUAGGUUUCACUGUUUGCCCUUUAGUGGAAUUAAUGUGGUAGAAUGAAAAAGAGUAGUAUAUCUACUGUACCUAUGCUAAUUUGACUGCAUAGUUUUGAAUGGAAAAGGUAUUAUGUUUGUGUCUCUGGUGUUAUCAUGUGAGACUAGAGCACAUGGGGGAUGUGGGUGAAAACAUGAUUUAAGGGAUGUUUACAACAUUUAAUCCAUAGAAUGGUCCUUUGUAUCUAAAAGCAUCAUUGAGAAAUAAUUCAUCAAAGUUGUCAUAUUUAUGAAAUGUUGAUCUUACACAGGUCUCUUUUAAGACUCCAUUAUGUUUAUCUGUAGGUGCUACAAAGCAAACAUUGGUGGCAUAUGAAGCUUUACCGCUCGCUCUGUAAUAUGAGUAGUAUUUUGUUUUCAAUAACAAUUUUCUUGCAUUAAUUUAUGAAUACUGAAGAAUAAGUACAUUUUUUGAUUUAGCAAUUUUUUCCAUAUAUUGUUGAACGUAAUAUACUCUAUGGACAUAUCAAAGUUCUCUGUUACUUUUAGUUAUUAUCCAAUUUGUAAGCAUUAAGAACAGAGUGAAUGUGAAAAUUGAUUCAAAAUGGUUGCCCUCUGCUGGUGAUUUGCAGGAUGUACAAUAUGUUGAAAGAUUUGCCAAAUAUUUUUUUAUAUAUUCUAUAUUCUUGUUUAUAUUAUAUUCAUUAAUUCAUGUAAGAAAAAUGUUAUUGAAAUCAAAAUACCACUCAUGUUUCAAAGUAAGUGGAAAAGAUUUAUAAGACACAGGUUUUUGUAGCACCUACAUAUGAAACAUGGCGUCUUAAAGGAGGACUGGGUAAGGCCAAAAUGUAAUAACUAUGACAACUUCAAUUAAUUAUUUCUCAAUUCUGCUUUUAAAUACAAAUGUAAAAUAUAUUUCAACGAUCCUUCCUCCAAAGAAGCAUUCUAUGGAUUAAAUGUUGUGAAAUCUCCCAACUCAUGGUAUUAUGUCAUCCUGGUUUUGUGAGGAAUCACCGACAUCCCAAAUAAGGGCACACAUGUUAUAAUGGCUCCAUGGGAUGCUGUAAUCUCAAUUUUAGGUGCUCUUUUUUGAUGAGAAAUAAUCUAAAUGAAGAAUAUCAGAUUGAUGGUAUAUCUGAAUUAUGCUCCCACGUGUGCAAUUUUAAUACUUGGUUUUAUUCUGUUUUCUAUUGUGGUCGAAGAAGCUGGCUUCAUGAGAGAAAAACAUCAAAUAAAUUAUUUGAAACGAA